AUGACUUCCCGCCCCUCCUCUUCUACCUCCCAUCCAAACCCGAACUCAGACCCAAACCCACCUCCAAACUCGAACCUCUCCCUCCACCUAACCGACACAGCUCUCACCCCCCUCCUCACCCCCACUCACGCCAACCCCCCACAAACCCAACCCCUCACAACCCUCACAACUACCGCCCUCUCCGCCUACAACUCCUCGCGACAUCUCCGCCUCGGAACCCCCCAACGAAUCAUCAUCGAAACCAACUCUUCGGGUCCCAUCCUCCUGCAUUCCUUCAUUGCCCCUCCAUCAACCCCCGCCCAAUCCAAUCCCAUUCAGGAUCGCAGUCAAACAACACAUACGCGUACACAUAUACACACGCAUGGUCAUCAUAUUCAAAUCGAUAUAAAUGGAAUACAAAACAUAAACGGCGGAUCGAGCGUUCGCGGACUAGAAAUCCUAGCGGCGGCUCGAGAGGAAAUGCGACCAUUGAGCGGCACGACGGAGGGAAGUCCUGUAGAGGAAGAGCCUCAUGAUGUGAGGGAUGAGGGAGAGCAGGCUCCGUUAUUGAUAGGGACAGUGGUGGCGAGGUCAGCAGAGCAAUUAGGGGAGGCGAGAAGGGCGGCACACACGAUUGAGAUUCUUGCGAAUGGUUUGCAAAGAGAGUUGACAAAAGAUACGGAAGGUAAGAGGGACAGAGAGGACGAUGGUAUGGCUGAAGAUGGUUAA